CACAUGGACCGUCCUGUUACACACUCAUUCUUCUUUCUAACCCUUUUGGCCAUCAUUUAUAGCUCUUCGUCCCACCUCUCAUUUCCAUUGUUAAAUUUUCUCAUUCUUCCAAUUCUUCAUUUUUUUCUUCUUCUUGACUCUCUACUUUCUCUAAACUACAAAUUCAGUAAGAGUGAGAGAGCUAGCUUAAAAGCCUCAAAUUUUUAUUCUUUUAUAUAUAUAAAUAUAAAAAAAAAACAUUACAUAUUUUGGUUUGUUGAGAGAAUUGGCACAUUGUGUGUUUUAGGCCAUGACGACUUAUUGUCCAAAGGAGUACUUCAUUAAUUGGUCAAACAAGGGGUCCGCCGUGGCGAGGUGGCGGAGGAGGCGGAGGAGGACGAUGUCGGCCCGCCGUGGAUUGGUCCGGAUGAAGGUGAAGAAGCUACAAACAUUGAUUCCGGGCGGAAGAGGGUUGAAGCCGGACCGCCUUUUUCUUCGGACGGCCGAUUACAUCUUACGUUUGAGGUUACAAGUUAAUUUUUUGCAAGCACUUUCCAAGAUUUACCACAUUAAUAAUUAAUCCUUAACUAUAUAUAAAUAUCUAUAUAUAUAUAUAUCAAUAUUAGCUUCAAUUGUAGAGCUAGUAGUAAGUACUUCUCUCUCUCUUAAAUUUUCCUCUAGUUAAUUUUAUAUAUGGUACGUUAUAUUUUUUUUUAUAUAAGGAAUUUAUGUCAUCUAUUAUUGGUUCAAAAUUAAUUAUAAUAUAUAUAUCAUAUGUUCCUUAUUAUAUGAACUUGUAAUCUUUUUUCUUUUGACGUACAUUAAUUAUAAGCAUAGAUAAUUAUUCUAAUAUAUUUCUAGGGUUAAUACAUACUUAAUUUUCAUGAGAUACAGAUCUGUAUAAUACUGUAUAUCUCUUGGAAUAUUUCUUCUAAUUAAUUCGACAAGUUAUCGUACGUUUAAUUCUAUUGAUAUUAAUUACUAAGAUCAGCAACUAUACGCGCA